AGAUAGGAUAGUUUAAAUCUCAAAUUAUAGUCACAAUUAUCUGUUAACUCCAAAUGAUUCUAAGUUAGAAUUUCUAACAGAUGUCGAUACCUUUCGACUGGGUUGAGUAAGUAAUCAAUAGAUGGCGCUGCUAUUGAAAUCAACGAACGUGUCAUAUAAGCUACAACAGUGUAACGAACGUCUUCAAGAGAAUAUCAUGAGAACAUGAGCAGCAGGAGAACGAGACAUAGCCACAGUAGGAGUAAAGGAACAAUAAUUUCAAUUUAUACACUCAAAAAUGCCAUCGAAAAGAUCUAACCUCAACAACGCGAGCAGCAAAGGGUCACGACGCAAACGUGUUGAAAGAGCUCAGCAAAUACCAGAACAAAUCGAAACAAGAAAUGCAGCUCAAAGAAUCAGGACUGCAGAAAGUCGUGCACAAGAAUCUCAAGAACGGCGUGACGAACGUCUGCAACAGAAUAUUACGAGAACAAGAGCGGCACGAGAACGAAACAUAGCUACAGUACGAGUACUAGGUCGACAAAGGCAACGAAUCAGCCGCUCAUUAACACGUGCAUCAUUCGUUCGGCUUGCCUUUGAAUAUGCACCAGAUAUUAACUACUCAGCGCAUUCAAAAAUUGCUAUUGGUGGAAUGGAUAAAGUAUGUCAAUAUUGUCAGGCAUUGAAAUUUCGGAAUGAAGCAGCCGGCAUGUGCUGCGCAUCAGGAAAAGUUGUACUGUCACCUCUACCCGCUCCGCCGGAGCCUUUAUUAUCCCUUCUUACUGGCAAUUCAGAUGAUUCCAAAUUAUUUUUGCGUAAAAUACGCAAAUUUAAUUCUUGCUUCAAAAUGACGUCAUUUGGGGCAACUAAAAUUUGCGAUCGUGCAUCCGAUGGACGUAAUUUUGAAACUACAUUCAAAAUUCAAGGCCAGGUGUACCAUAAAAUCGGAUCCUUGAUGCAAAUGCCUGAUAACAAUCCGAAAUUUCUUCAAAUUUAUUUUAUGGGCGAUCAUGAAGAGCGCGUGACGACUCGGUGCCUGUAUAAUUUUAUUGAACAAACAGACGGAAGAGCAAUUGUGAUAUUAUUGGAAAAUUUUUUAGAAGAUCACAAUCAACUAAUUCAAUUGAUCAAAAGAGUUUCGCCACGACUGCAAAAUGACAAUUAUCAAAUCGUCAUAAAAGCCGACAAAGUACCAUUAGGUGAACAUGCUGGUAGAUUCAACGCUCCAACUGUUGAUGAGGUUACUGUUAUCAUGGUUGGUGAUCCAGUUGACAAAAGAUCUAUAAAAAUUACACGGCGAGACACUGUCAGUACGAUUUCGGAUCUACACCGUUCAUAUGACGCACUACAGUAUCCAUUGAUAUUUUGGCAAGGACAAGAUGAAUAUCACCUUUAUAUCAAACAGUAUGAUCCAAAUACCGGUGAUUACAGUAAUAAAAAAUGAACUACUACGCACACCGAAUAAUGGUUAGACAACAUCAAGAAAAUUAUAUCCUUUGAUAUCGUAAGCUGUUCCAUCAAUACAUUGUUGAUAUGUAUGCUAAGGUCGAAAGCGAACGCUUGCGAUUCCUUCGAUUCAACCAGGCAAAACUACGAUCGGAAGAAUAUAUUCACUUACGAGAUGCUGUUGCUGGAAACAUCGAUGGAAAUGUAAAUCUCAAUGACAUCGGUAAUGCUUUCAUUUUACCUUCAAGCUACAUCGGCAGUCCACGGAACAUGCAGGUAUACAUACAAGAUGCGAUGACUUACGUACGUUAUUACGGCCGACCGGAUUUAUUUAUUACAUUCACAUGUAAUUCAAAUUGGGAAGAGAUACAAACUUUACUAUUGCCAGGACAACAAGCCAUUCAUCGCCAUGAUUUAACUGCACGUGUGUUUAAACAAAAAUUGAAAUCCUUAAUUGAUUUUAUUGUUAAAUAUUCAAUUUUUGGUAUCACACGUUGUUGGCUGUAUACGAUAGAGUGGCAAAAGCGAGGUUUGCCUCAUGCCCACAUUUUGGUUUGGCUUAAAGAUAGAAUCCGUCCUGAAGAAAUCGAUCAAAUAAUUUCAGCCAAAAUUCCAGACCCAUUAAUUGAUCAAGAAUUAUUUGAUAUUGUCACCAAACACAUGAUCCAUGGGCCAUGCGGUGCUUUCAACAUGACGUCACCGUGCAUGGAAAAUGGAAAAUGUAAAAAAAACUUCCCAAAGCCGCAUACGAAUGACACGAUCACGGAUAUUGAUGGUUAUCCAAUGUAUCGCCGCAGAAGUACUGAGAAUGGUGGCCACACAUUUACAAUGCGACUGCCGAACUUUCCAAAUCAAGUUGAGUUUGAUAAUCAGUGGGUGGUACCAUACUCACAAUUAUUUGAAAAAACUUACAAAGCUCAUAUCAAUGUUGAGCUUUGCAGUUCUGUUAAAUCAAUUAAGUAUAUUUGUAAAUAUGUAAGCAAAGGCAGUGAUUUGGCCAUAUUUGAAGUACAAAACAUAAAUAAAAAUGACGAAAUAGCACGAUACCAAAUGGGCAGAUACAUUAGCAGCAAUGAAGCUAUUUGGCAUAUUCUCAGCUUUCCCAUCCACGAAAGAGAUCCUGCUGUCCAACAUCUGGCUAUACAUCUUGAAAACGGUCAACGUGUAUACUUCACUGAAGAAAAUGUUCUCCAAAGAGCGUUCGAAGCUCCGAAAACGACUCUAACUGAAUUUUUUACAUUGUGUCAAAAACCUGAUGUUUUUGGCCAAUUUGCGAAGACAUUGGUGUAUGGUGAUGUUCCACGUUAUUUCACAUGGAACAAAUCCAGUAAAAAAUGGGAGCCACGGAAACAAGGAAAACCACAUCCUUCCAUUACAGGCAUAUUCAAAGCUAAGACAUUGGGGAGACUUUACACGGUACAUCCAAAGCAACGUGAAUGCUUCUAUUUACGUUUGUUAAUGGUGAAUGUUCCCGGACCAACGUCUUUUGAAUUUUUGCGAACAGUUAAUGGUCGAGUAUUCAAUACAUACCAGGAUGCAUGUCGUGAACUGCAAUUGCUAGAAGACGAUAACCAUUGGGACUUAACGCUUGCCGAUGCUGCGUUGACAUCAACACCGAAUAACAUUCGUCAGUUGCUUGCAAUUAUUUUGACGACAUGUUAUCCCUCGCAAGCACAAACUUUGUGGGAAAAAUAUAAAAAUUGUAUGACAGAAGACAUCUUGCACCGAAUGAGACAAACAAAUCAAUGCCAAAACAUAGAUUAUACACCAGAGAUUUACAAUGAAGCAUUGGUCUUUAUCGAGGAUUUAUGUGUUCUUAUUUCAAAUUUACCGCUUAAUCAUUAUGGUAUGCCAUCACCUAAUCGUCCAGCCACCGACUUAGUCAAUACCGAUUUGCAACGAGAAAAGCAAUAUGACCAUGGAAGUUUAGCAACAAUUAUCAUGAACAGUGAACUAUUACUGACAGCAGAACAAAAAAUUAUUCAUGAUCGGAUUAUGCUGGCUGUUGCUGCUGAACAAGGCGGUUUUUUUUUCUUGGAUGCACCCGGUGGAACCGGUAAGACAUUUUUAAUAUCGUUGAUUCUUGCCAAAAUACGGUCGCAACAAAAAAUCGCAUUAGCAGUAGCAUCGUCAGGCAUUGCGGCUACUUUACUGGAUGGUGAGCGAACAGCACAUUCAACAUUCAAGCUGCCAUGUUCAUAAUAAACCAGAUGCAAUGUGUAACAUCAAAAAGAAUAGUGGAAUAGAUGCAGUGUUGCGGAAGAGUUCUAUAAUAAUUUGGGAUGAGUGCACAAUGGCACACAAAUAUUCACUUGAAGCAUUAAACAGAACUAUGCAAGAUUUAAACAGCAAUAAUAAACUGUUCGGUGGUGCUAUCUUACUUUUGUCUGGUGACUUCCGGCAGACCUUACCGGUUAUACCUCGCUCUACUUUCGCGGAUGAGAUUAAUGCAUGUUUGAAACAAUCAUUCUUAUUGCGAAGUGUUGAAACACUUCGAUUGACAAUAAAUAUGCGAGUACAAUUGCAAAAUGAUCAAUCAGCACAAAUAUUUUCCGAACAACUACUAGAUAUUGGGAACGGUAAAAUAGAACUGCAACCAAAUACGCAAUGCAUUAAACUACCAGACAAUUUUUGCACUGUUGUUCAGGAUAAAAAUGAAUUGAUUCAGAGUAUUUUCCCGGAUAUACAUAAUAAUUAUUUGAAUCAUGAAUGGCUCAGUCAACGGGCGAUUUUGGCAGCCAAAAACGUUGAUGUUGACGAAAUUAACUUCCAGAUACAACAGUUGUUACCAGGCGAUCUGAUGUCUUUUAAAUCAAUCGAUACUGAUGUGGAUGAAAAUGAAAGUGUUCAUUUUCCGAUCGAAUUUUUAAAUUCAUUAGAUAUCCCUGGAAUGCCACCACAUAAUCUUCGAUUAAAGAUUGGUUCCCUAUUAUUCUCCUCCGUAAUUUGAAUCCACCUCAAUUAUGUAACGGUACGCGUUUGGUCAUCAAAAAGAUCACCGGAAACAUUCUUGAAGCAACCAUUUUGGCUGGGAAGUUUAAAGGAAAAGUGGUCCUGCUGCCACGUAUUUUGAUGAUACCAUUAGAUU